AUCAGUCGCCCCCUCCGUUCCGUAGCUCCGCCCUGACGCCUCACUUAGCACCGAAUCUGGGUUUCUGUCCUAGGGUCGGCAUCCCUUCUCCAGGAGAAUGUGAUGCGCGACAGGUGGUAAGCGACUAGACCACCUCGCUCGGCCUCCGCAAAACCCGCAACGUCACCAGGAAGAUGUCAAAGGACACCGCGGAGCCGAGGGCGGACUCCAGGGAGCAGCCCAAAGGACCGGACUGCGUAGAGGAGGAACCGCCGGCCGCGCCGCCCCAUGGCCAGGGCGGGCGACCGGGCGGCGGUGCAUCGAGGACCCCGCGGCCGGACCCCGCUCCCCGCGCCGCCACGGCCCCCGAGCCGCCGGCGCCCGUAGCGCGAUGGGCGCAGGAGAUGGGCCAGGCACUGGCAGGUCGCGCGCGCAGGCUGCUACUGCAGUUCGGAGUGCUAUUCUGCAGCGUGCUGCUGCUGCUUUGGGUGUCCGUGUUCCUCUACGGCUCCUUCUACUACUCCUACAUGCCGACCGUCAGCCACCUGAGCCCGGUGCACUUCCAUUACAGGACUGACUGUGACCCCUCCAUUACCUCCCUGUGUUCCUUCCCUGUUGCCAAUGUCUCACUGGCUAAGAAUGGACGCGAUCGGGUGCUGAUGUAUGGACAGCCCUAUCGCAUCACCUUGGAGCUGGAGCUGCCUGAGUCCCCUGUGAACCAGGACCUGGGCAUGUUCUUGGUCACGAUUUCCUGCUAUACCAGAGGAGGCCGCAUCAUCUCCACCUCUUCCCGCUCCGUGAUGCUGCACUACCGCUCUGACCUGCUGCAGACCCUGGACACGAUCGUCUUCUCCAGUCUUCUGCUCUUUGGCUUCGCGGAACAGAAGCAGCUCCUGGAAGUGGAGCUGUACUCGGACUACAGGGAGAACUCGUAUGUCCCCACCACCGGUGCCAUCAUCGAGAUCCACAGCAGGCGCAUCCAGCUGUAUGGGGCCUACCUGCGCAUCCAUGCCCACUUCACGGGGCUCAGGUACCUGCUGUACAACUUCCCCAUGACCUGUGCCUUUGUGGGCGUCGCCAGCAACUUCACCUUCCUCAGCGUGGUCCUGCUCUUUAGCUACAUGCAGUGGGCGUGGGGGGGCAUAUGGCCCCGGCCCCGCUUCUCUGUGCAGGCGAACGUCCGGAGUGGGAACUGUGCCCAGCAGAAGCCAUGGGAGACUGCCCAGAAACCAGGUGGGGAGCUGGGGGCGCUGGGGGGGUGGGCCCUGGGAGGCCAUGGGACCCUGUCCCCUACUCCACACGCUUUGGAGGUGCAGGGCGAAAAGGCUGGGAAGAGGCCAGCCAGCUGUCAGAUGUGGCAGAGGGGACAGAGGAAUGCGAGAGCCCGGAGGAACCCUCGAGGACAGAGGCACAGCUAUCAGAGGAGAAGCAGGAGCUUCAGCCAGCCUCAGGGAAUGACGAGCUGGACCCUGAGGCCAGCGACGGCUCAGGGUCCUGGGAAGAUGCAGCUCUGCUCACCGAGGCCAAUCUGCCUGCCUCUGCCUCUGCCCCCAUCCUGGCCCCCGAGACCCUGGGACAGCCGGUGACCACUGGGUGCACCCUGCGCCAGCGCCCCACCUGCUCCAGCUCCUGAAGGACCCUGUCCGGCACACCAGCCUCACCCACUCGCUCUAUCCUGCUUCACCCCAAUAAACUAUUUUGUGCCAGCUGC